AAAAACAAAGGCAGUGAGGUUUUGGGUUUUUGUUUCAACAUUUUGCUAUUCUGCUACUCUUUCUUCAUUGACACAAGAGAGAAAGGUAGUGAAAGAUAAGGCAAGCAAACAACAAUGGCGCUACUACAUCAAGUAUAUUCAAUCCCACUCGCACGUGCCUCCAUUCGGUCACGUGCUUUUGCCCUCACAAUUUCAUGUCGUUCUAUUGUUUCUUCUCCUUCUGCUACUACUUCAGCUGUUACUAGUAUUAAUACGACUAAUACGACGCCGUCUAAACUUCCAGAAGCAUCUCCGGCACGUGCGUCACUCUCUGACUCACGUGUUCUUCUGGGUAUGUCAGAACAAGAACUUCAACAACUUGCCAUUGAAUUUGGCCAGCAAAGUUAUAGAGGAAAGCAGCUUCAUCAUCUACUUUAUCAGAGGAAGGUUAAAGAAAUUGAGGAAUUCACUCAAUUGCCACAGGCAUUGAGGGAUCAGCUGCAAGAAGCAGGAUGGAAGGUGGGGCGAUCGCCGGUGCAUCAUAUGGUCACUGCUACUGAUGGCACAAUCAAGUUACUGCUAAAGCUGGAGGAUAACAGGUUGGUUGAAACAGUUGGAAUACCGGUGAAAGACGAAAAGGGUUCAGUAAGGCUUACUGCUUGUGUUUCAUCACAGGUUGGUUGCCCAUUACGAUGCUCAUUUUGUGCUACUGGGAAGGGAGGUUUCUCGAGAAACCUCCAGAGGCACGAAAUUGUUGAACAGGUCUUGGCUAUAGAAGAUCUUUUUAAGCAUCGCGUAACGAAUGUUGUUUUCAUGGGGAUGGGGGAGCCAAUGCUCAACCUGAAAUCUGUUAUUGAAGCACACCGAUGUUUGAACAAGGACAUACAAAUUGGGCAGAGAAUGAUAACGAUAUCAACUGUGGGAGUUCCUAACACAAUCAAGAGAUUGGCCACCUACAAACUUCAGUCUACAUUAGCCGUCAGCUUACAUGCACCAAAUCAGAAGCUUAGAGAAAAGCUCGUCCCAAGUGCAAAAGCUUACCCGCUGGAAGCCUUGAUGCAAGAUUGCAGGGAUUACUUUCUUGAAACUAACCGACGAGUGUCUUUUGAGUACACUCUUUUAGCUGGAGUAAAUGACUCAGUGGAGCAUGCAAUAGAACUUGCUAAGUUACUACUUCAAUGGGGACGAGGCCAUCAUGUGAACCUGAUACCAUUCAAUCCCAUUGAGGGCUCCGAGUACCAGCGACCCUACAGAAAGGCGGUCCUCGCCUUUUCUGCUGCUCUGGAGUCCCGCAAAAUAACCACAAGUGUACGUCAAACAAGGGGUCUCGAUGCUGGUGCAGCUUGCGGACAACUGAGAAAUGAGUUCCAGAAGACACCUUUGCUCAAUGACCCUGUGAUUCAGGAACCUGAAGAUGUUGCUCUUGCUUGUUGAUGGCAUACAUUGAGAUACAUUAUUUCACCUUUGCUAUAAUAAGCAUACAGAAGAAGCUUGCGUAAGCUGGUGCCCGAGAAAUCUGGUGGUUUCAGCUUUCAUCUUUGCCAAAACAGAACUGUGAAAUAGUGCUGAGACCAAUAUCUACAAAUGUUGAGAGGGAGAAAACUGAUCCUCAUUGCUACAACAAAGUGCAAAAGAUCUACUGCAUAUGGAUAUUAUGGGCUAUGAUGCUCUUCAAAGCUUGGAUUUUCAAAUAUGUGUAUAGUUGUGCAAUAUUAGCCAUAAUUAUUUUUGAAACUAUGUUACUGAUGUGUUUCCUAUAGAAAUUUUGUUGUUUAUGUAGUUUUGAUUAGGAAGUGAAAGAAGAUACUGUAUUUGGUUGAUCAUUGAAAAUUCACAAACAUGCAUACGGCUCUGUAGGCCUUCAUAUAUUUGAUGCCUCUGGUUACUAGUUCCUAAAUACUA